AUGACCGAUUACAUAACUAGAAUAUCUCGUUCAGGCCAGAACAACCCUUUUCUAACUCCAGACAUUGAUGAAAAAGAAGAGCUGUUAGAAAUCAAGCAAUACGACACAGAAAAAGAAAACAUUGAUAGGCAGAUUUUAGAGCAGCAAGCAUUAAAUAAACAAAUAAAAGAACAUAUAGAAACCAUUAAGGAAGACAUAAAAAAGUUAAACGAGACUUGUGAGUCCUAUGACUUCAAAAAAGAUGACCAAGAAAUAGAAGACCUAAAAAGAGAAAUCGAACAGCUGAAAGAAAAAGAUGCAUUUUUAACCCAAGAAUUAGAAAAGAAAGAAGAAAUUUUGAAGCAAAAGCAUUUAGAGGAAGAAAGAAACCAAGAAGAAACCCAUGAACUAAUUAGAAUUAUCGAAGAAAAAAAAAUAAAGCUUCAGCAAUUAGAAGAAGAAGUCAAAAUGAAUAAUUAUUUUUUGGAAAAAGAUUUGGAAACCAUCAGUAUCAAAGAAAAAGAAGCCAAGCAUCUAUCUGAGAUGCUAGAAGCCCAAGAAGCAGUCCUAAAGCAGCAAGAAGCAGAGUAUGAGCAAGAAAUGAAAAUUGUGAGAGACAAGCAAAAUGAAAUGAACCAGCUCGCUGAAGAGAAAGAGCUGAAGCUAAAAGAACUUGAAGCACUGAUAGAUUUGGAGAGAAAAGAAAGAGAAAGAUACCAAGAAAUCAGCAGGCUGUUAGCACAAAAAGAAGAAGAAACACAAAUUAAGAAGCAAACUUUGCGGAAAAAAAGACCAGAGGUAGAGGAUUUUGUAACAAAGCCAGAAACCCCAACCCUAGAAGAUAUAGAAAGUGAAGAGUCCCCUAAUGAGCCUUAUCGAUCAAGAAAUAAAAGAUCUUUUAUGUCUUUAAGCCCAAGCUCCGACCAUGUAAAUGAUUAUGAGUCUAGGAAGAAUUACUAUAAGCAAAAAAUUAGGUCAGCUCAAUCUGUGAAGAGUGAAUUUGAACUUAAACAGUCAGAAAUAAUUGGAAAUAAUAUAGCUUUUUUCGGGUAUUUGCGUUGAAAGCGAUGAAGUUUGGAAUUGACGGCGAAGCCUAUUUCCUAUACAAAACGGGUCGAAUGGCACAAGAAGAAACAUACUUAGUAGAGUAUAGAAAGAUAUCGGGAAGGAAGUAUCUGAUAUGAGCUAAGUGCACAUAAGAUUCCUUUGUGGUGAUUCCCUUCUGCUUGAGAAAGCAAGACCUUUGUCACUUUUGCCUCCUGGCUUGCUUGGGAUUGGUGUGUUGAUUCCAUUUUAUUAAAAUUUUGACAAACCUAAAUUUUUUAACAUGUCAUUUUAAAUUGAAAUAUUAAUUAUUUUGGGGGCUACUUAUUAAAUUUUAACCCAUGGAGAUAAAACUCCUUCUGAAGCUAUGUCUUUAAUAUUAGAGGAAUCAUUGAGCUAAAAGACUCAAUUUUUCUUUCUCAAGGUUUUUAUUCUUUCUUUAAAGUGUUAUUUUUUAAUUUUAAUUAUGUUAUUUUUUUUUAUUUUUCUCCAAAGUCUACUCAACAUUUUUCUUUAAACUACAACCGGAACAUGAGCACUUGUAGGACAACUAAAAUGCACUUUCCGCGUUUCGCACUUUUUCUUAACUGAGAAGUUCGUUUCAUGUACCAUUUUGUAUGCACUUACAUUUUCUUGCACCAUCUUGCAUAUGCACUACCAUCUUGCAUAUGCACUACCAUCUUGCAUUUUAUUUUUCUCUAAAUUCUACUGGAGAUUUUUCUUCAAAUUAUAACUGGAGCAUGAGUACUUGUAGAGAUAGUAAAAUCUUGCUUUCCGCGUUUUGCACUUCUAAAUUCUACCGGAGAUUUUCCUUCAAAUUACAACAGGAACAUGAGCACUUGUAGGGCUGCUUGAAUCUGCUUUCUGCGUUUCGCACUUUUUCUUAGCUGAAAAGGUUUUUCAUGAACCAUUUUGUAUGGGCUCGCAUCUUGACUUCCACCAUCUUGAAAUGCAUUUUUCUCUAAAUUAUACUGGAGAUUUUUCUUCAAAAUGCUACUGGAGAAUGAACACUUGUAGGGCUUCUAGAAUCUGCUUUCCGCGUUUCGCACUUUUACUUAGCUGAAAAGUUCGUUUCAUGUGCCAUUUUUUUAUGUAUUUCAUCUUGACUUACACCAUCUUGAAAUACAUUUUUUUCUAAAUUCUACUGGAGAUUUUUCUUAAAAUUGCUACUGGAGCAUGAGCACUUGCAGGGCUGCUCGAAUCUGCUUUCCGCGUUUCGCACUUUUGCUUACUACCCCCCCCCCCCCCCUCCGUGAGCGAACAAAACCAUUAGAAAAAUCGCCAUUUUUUGACCAAAAACCCACCCUCCGUGAGUGAACAAAAAAUUUUUUUAAUAGAAAAAAUUUUAAUGGAAAAAAAUUUUGAUAUAUAAGUGAUAAUUAGUAUAAUGAAAUCUAGAGCUAAUUCUGUUUAAUUUUAAACAAAUUGCGUUUUUAAAACAUAAAUUUUGCAAAUUAAAUUAAUAUUUGCUUCCCAAUUUUUGCAAAUUAGGAUUUUUUUUAAAUUUCGAAAAAAAUAUUUUUUAUAAAAUUUAUAUAUAUAAUUUUUUUUUUAAAAAAAAAAAUUAACCCCCCUCCGUGAGCGAACAAAAUUUUUUUGUUCGCUCACGGAGGGGGGGGGGGGAGUUAGCUGAAAAGUUCGUUUCAUGUGCCAUUUUUUUAUGUACUUCAUCUUGACUUACACCAUCUUGAAAUGCAUUGUUCUCUAAAUUCUACUUGAUAUUUUCCUUCAAAUUGCUGCAGGAGCAUGAGCACUUGUAGGGUUCUAGAAUCUGCUUUCCGCAUUUCGCACUUUUUCUUCACUGAAAAGUUAGUUUCAUGUACCAUUUAUCCAGAUCCAAUAUACAUCACCAUCUUGAAAUACAUUGUUUUCUAAAAUCUGCUGGAGAUUAUCCUUCAAAUUGCUACUGGAGCAUGAGCAUUUGUAGGGCUGCUAGAAUCUGCUUUCCGCGUUUUGCACUUUUUUCUUAGCUGAAGGGUUUUUUCAUGAACCAUUUUGUAUUUACUCUCAUCUUGACUUACGCCAUCUUGAAAUAUAUUUUUCUCUAAAUUCUACCGAAGAUUUUACUUCAAACUACAACAGGAGCAUGAGCACUUGUAGGACUGCUCGAAUCUGCUUUCCGCGUUUCGCACUUUUUCUUUAGCUGAAAUUUUUUUUCAUGUACCAUUUAUCCAGAUCCAAUAUACACCACCAUCUUAAAAUGCAUUUAUCUCUAAAAUCUACUGGAUAUUUUUCUUCAAAUUGCUACUGGAGCAUGAGCACUUGUAGGGCUGCUAGAAUCUGCUUUCCGCGUUUUGCACUUAAUAAAAUUUCGAUUAAUAGCUCAAUACUUCUUUUUAUUUUAAGAGUAAAUUCUGUUGAGCUAAACAUUUCACUUUGAGAUAAACUUGACAAUCAGAUUCUGUUAUUUUGGAUUUGAAUAAGGCCGAAUAGAUCAGGAUUGAUUAAACAUAAUCAUACUUGAAUUUGAAUUCACAAAUCGUAAAAUUAGAGGAAUUUGGUUCACAGUAAUGAGUGUGUUGUCAGAUUCCAUAUUUAAUAUUUCAAUUUUAAAAUAGCUAGCUAAAAAAUUGAGGUUUGUCAAAAUUUUAAUAAAAUGGAAUCAACACACCAAUCUCAAACGGGCCAGGAGGUAAAAGUAACAAAGUUCUUGCUUUCUCAAGCAGCAGGUAAUUACGACAAAGGAAUCUUAUAACACUUUAGUGGUUUAAAAAAAGCAAAUCUAACAUUUAUCGACCUAGUUAAGGUACUCAGUAUUUUCUUCUUGCGCCGUAAAAUCCGUUUUGUAUAGGAAAUAGGCUUCGCCGUCAAUCCCAAACCUCGUCGCUUUCAACGCAAAUACCCGAAAAAAGCUAUAUUUCAUCAAAGGCACGAGCUAUGAAUUCACAGUUAAGAGGAUUUUUCGUAUGCUUAGUUGGGUUUCUAGUAGGAAUUUUGGCUUAUAAAUUUUACUUCCGUGUUCUCUAA